GCCAGACCCCCCCCCCACUGGCCAGGCAGUUGGUAUGCGCCAGAAUCUGAGCAGCUCCUUCCAGCAUCCUUCAUCCUUCAGGUACCAGGCAUCUGGAGAGUGCUUGAGCUGCAGAAACUGAGACCACCCCUCCAAGGACCUCCAGUCUGAGCAUCUCUAGUGACCUUCUCUGCAUUAGCUGUCAUUGCUACAGAUAUUUUUAGCUGCAAGUCCCUGCAGGGUGGGGCACCUCUCUGAGGCAGGGUUUGGUGCCCCCUCCCCACUGACCCUACAUCCCAGGCUGUUGCCGCCGCCUGUCAUUUCAGGAUGAAAGGAGAGACCCCUGUGAACAGCACCAUGAGUAUCGGCCAAGCACGCAAGAUGGUGGAGCAGCUUAAGAUUGAGGCCAGCCUGUGCCGGAUAAAGGUGUCCAAAGCAGCAGCAGACCUGAUGACUUACUGUGAUGCCCACGCUUGUGAGGAUCCCCUCAUCACUCCUGUGCCCACUUCGGAAAACCCCUUCCGGGAGAAGAAGUUCUUCUGUGCCCUCCUCUGAAGAGUUCUGUCCCUCCUCUGAACUCAUCUCCCCCUCCGAGACCCGCCCUUAGGUCGUAAAUUGUAGCAGCCCCUUUCUACCCAUAUCUAUCAUGAGAUUAGCUGAAGCACAAGCCCUCCUUACCCAUGUCUACCCCAUCUCCUCACCCUUUGAGGCCAACUGCAAGCAUCUUUUACUCCAUCCAGAGGGACCCCGCUAAACUGCCAGAAUCCUGCCUGAUUCCCUCUGUGAUCCGUUCAGGCAAUGGAGAGGGGGAUGCCCGGGUGCUUGUUCUCAGUCUCACCUGGAGCUAUUGGAAAGGUAAAGGCAUUUGAAGAAUAAAGUCAUCCAGAGCCUCA